AUGAGGACUGUUUUACUACUGAACUUGCCUCCGGAAACGCUCCUGCACAUCCUAUCCUAUCUCGACCUCCCGGACUUGGCGAGCUGCCUGCGCGUAUGCCACGUCCUGCGGGCCUUAGCAGCCGACCCGGUAUUACACCACUAUAGGUUACGCGUCGUGGCGCCCUCGCGCGUCGCCCACGCCCUCUUCAGGCAGGCCCCGCCACGGCCGACCGUCGGCGAGCUCGUCGCCCGCGGUGUCAUGCGCGGGCUGGGCAUCGAGCGCCGCUGGCGUGCAGGUUUAUAUUUCUACACCCACCUGUCCGUCAAGCAAUACGAGUCCUCGCUCCGCAUCCAGCGCACGCACACCAAAAACCUGCUAUCACAUCACCUCCGCCGCCUCGUGCUCGCGCCCACGCCGGCGCACUUCCUGCGUUCCCUCCGCGUGCUGCCCGACCUCGAACGCGAGUACGCCUCACCCCGCCUCUCGCGUUCGCUCCUUCCCGUCGUUCGAAAGCUCAAGUGGAGUAUAAAGCGCGAUGUGCUCUCCCAACGGUUUAGAGACGCCGGCCACGGGGGUCGCGGCGACGCCAAGUGGGUCGAGGGGAAGGGGCGCGGGCUCGUGUGCGAGAGCGAGCGGAUCCGGCUCGCUGUCUGCCCGGACGUGCGGAAGAUCGUGGCUUUCUUUGAAGGACUAAACGGGCGAGACUAG